AUGGCCUUGGAGUGGUUUCUUGAAAAGCCAUGCUUUUGUAAAUUGAUCUCUAGAAUUGGUCAAUAUCUCAAGAUUUGUCUUUCCCAGGCAUAUCAAUUAAAUUUUAUCAUUAUUUGUAUAGCAACAGAACUGAAAACCUUUAAGGACUCAGAAAUUGAUUCUGGCGACGGGUCCGGUCGUGUCGUGGGUGGUUCAGAUGCGCCAGACGGUGCUGCUCCGUACCAAAUAUCUCUGCAGCUAACAAACUACAACAACUUUCACACCUGUGGAGGUGCCAUAAUUGCUGAUAGAUGGGUCCUCACUGCUGCGCAUUGUCUCAAAAAUAAAUCUCCAAGUGAUAUGGUCAUUUUGGCGGGAACAAACUCAAUCACUGAGGGAGGCACUAGAUACAAAAUUGACAGAAUCUUAAUACAUCCAAAAUACACCUUGGAGAGAAAGAAUGACAUUGCUUUGUUGAGAACUGCUGAGAAGAUUACAUUUACAGACAAAGUUAAAUCCAUUGAAGUA